CUUGGAACUCCCUGUUUAUAGCACACCUUCAACAGAGAAUAAUACAAUUUUAGAGACAUGACAAGACAAGGGAACAGGACCCUGAGUGUCUAGGGCCGACAAAUGGUGGGCAGACAAAACGAAUGGCCGGCUAGGAAGAAACAAUGGGAAACUCGUGGUGAAAGAGGCUAGUUAGUAAAGGCACCUCCAGUGUUGUCUCUCGGCUGACGGACAGGCCGUCCUUGGUCAUCAGACUUUGUCCUUUGUGGCAGAGAGGAGGGGAGGGACACUUUUAUCUUUGUAAUUCUCUGUUCUGUUUUAGGCAAAGAGGGGGAGGGCAGAGAGCUUUCUUUGUAUCUAUUUCUUCUCAAUUGCCUCCAGCUCAAGAGAAUCCUUAUGCCAAAGUGGCACAUUUUGGGGUGGCAUAUUCUGCUACCCGCAGCCACAGAUGUCAAAAUUUAUUGAACUGAGUACAUCAUUACGUGUACUUAAUUGUAUGGAAACUCCACCACAACGUACAAUUUAAAACUAACAGUUUGCACAGAUUUAGCACACCAAAAGUGUUUCAUUAUUAUUUUGAUUCCACACCAUCUAAACUCCCUCCAGACUUGAAUUUCAUAAGGUUUCAUGAUAUGUGCAGUAACCUUGUUUUCCUCAUUCCCAGCCAGAAAAUCAUUCGGCCCGUGGAGACAUGGAUUUCCAGACACGCUACACAUGGGACGAGGAGGAGGACUUUCCUCCAAGCAAAGGUAAGAAGGCAGAAGAUCAUCUGUCAGCUGAAGAAAAAAUAUUUUUGAGAGAGUUUCCCAGAUGGAAACAAGAUCUAGAAGUGAGCAUUGUUGGGCUCCGUGCCCUUGCAGAGGAUAUCGACGAAAAACACAAAGCAUUCACCAAGACCAGCCUGGCGGCCAACUCCGUGGCUGUGGUCUCUGGGGUUGCGUCCAUCCUGGGGUUGGCCCUGGCUCCGGUGACAGCAGGAGGGAGCCUGCUGCUCUUCACUGCUGGUCAGGGUUUGGGGAUCGCAGCUGGAGUCACCAGCACCGUGACCAGCCUGUUGGAACACUCUCACAAGAAAAAAGCCCAAGCUCAGGCCGGCAACCUAGUGGGCAUCCCUGACACAGAGGGUGGUGAGGAUGAGGCCAAGAAAGAACUCUAUGCCUCAGCAACCAGCAAGAUUAUCUGUGGCCUCAGCAACAUGAAGAAGAGCCUCCGUGCCAUUGAGAAUGCCAAAGCCCACCCCCACUUGGCCAAGGCCGCCAAGAGGCUGAUGACCACGGGCAGCAUCUCGGCCCGAAGGAGCAGGGAGGUGCAAAAGGCCUUUGGGGGCACAACACUGGCCAUGACCAAAAGUGCUCGCAUGCUGGGAGGUGCAGUGGCCGCCUUGGGCCUUGGCCUGGACUUGGCCGCUGUCUCGAGGGACUGGAAGCAGCUGCAGGAGGGAGCAACGGCAGAGCUUGCCGAUGAGCUGAGGGCCCAGGCUCGGAAGCUGGAAAAUCAGCUGGCGGAACUCACGGAGCAAUACGAGCUCCUGCAGCAGUGGAUACGCUCUGCACAGGAAAGGAUGUCACUGGAAGCUGGCCAGCCACAUUCUGGUGGGAAGGAGAGAGGAGGAGACCCUGUGCACCCCAACACCUGCAACCUGCAUGAGCUGUCCAUGUGAAAAAUAUUUUUUUUCUUUUCUGUGCCUUAACUGCUAUUUUUAAAAUAGUGCUUGGAUGUU